GCAUUAUUCUGAAAGUAUCAGGCGGAGGAAUAAUAUCUCGUGUGAAGGGCGUUCCUUGUCUACAGCAGGAUUUAUUGUCUACAGCUCGUGUGUGAUGAUGCGUCUUUACAAACUGUCCUACACACCAUUCACAACAGGAGCUGCUCUCUGUGCAGGACACCGAAAUGAGCACAAACACGUCACAAGAAGACGCGCGGCAUGUAUCAGUCAGACGGAUGCAGGUGACUUUGAAGAGUUGACUGCGGGGAGAGUGGAUCAUUGCAUAAUCUCGAGCACACAAAGAGACAGCACGAGCGCUUUUUUUAAACUAUGACUGCUACCAGAUAAGUCUUAAUAUGUGUCGCAUGGACUUUAACGUUUAAUUUCAGGUUAUGUCGAAUUAUUGGACAUGACGAUAAAAAGCAUCCCGCCUCCAAACUUUGAAGGUUGAGCAGAUAAGAGAUACUAGCAUUUACUCGCGUGCACACUCGCAAUUGUCGAUAUUUUGUGUGAUUUAAAAAAAAAAAGAAAUCAACAUCGUUCAAAUGCUGGGAUGGAUUGGUGUUGUUUGUAUUUUGCUUUUAAUGGCCACGCUGUGGCCACUGGUAAAGUGUUUUGGAGAUGGGAAUCACUCAACGUUGCACUUUCAGGGGCUUGAAAUUCCGCGGCGCGAGCGCAAACGAUCCACGGAGAGAUGCGAGUCAAAUUGUGGCACGGGGCAGGACGAAUCGCCCACGGUCGCCUUGAUAUGCAAACCCUCGACCUUGGCAAACUACCUCCUGAAACAUUGCAUGAGUUUCUGCAAGCAGUUACGGAUACCAACGUUGAACUGGCGAAUGAGUGCAUCUUUACAGACGAUAUUCGGCGCUGUAUGGCCCUUUGACUGUCCUGUUCAUUUUAUCCGAGAUCAUUUGCAGUUGAGUGAUGAUGGAUUGGUGGCGUUAGACUGGGCUGUUGUUGGUGCAGCACAUCACAAGAGACGCAGGACUUCCAGUAACUCCACAAGUCCCAUCUUGCUCAUUAUACCCAACUCUUUUGGCAAAAUCACCAGGAAUGUGUUAAAGCUCUGUGAGGCAGGUCUGGCUCACGGAUACCUCCCCGUGGUCUUUAACCGACGGAGCCAGAAUGGGACACCGCUUAGUACCGUUAAACUGCAGCAAUUCGGUAACCCGACCGACCUACGGGAAGCGGUGCGAUACAUUCGGUACCGACAGCCAGCGGGUCAGAUCUAUGCAGUAAGUGAGAGCACCGGUUCAGGACUUCUGCUUUCUUACUUGGGAGAGUGCGGCUCAUCCAGCUACGUGACGGCUGCGGCUUGCCUGUCUCCGAUUUUCCGCUGCCAGAGCUGGUUUGAGAACGGCCCGACCUGGCCUUUCCACUGGGCUCUUCUGCUCUAUCAAAAAGUCUGCCUCAGCAGGUAUAAAACUGUUCUUGGGGAGCACAUCCACACAGACAACUUGUUCUCCAGCUGUUCUUUAAGGGCGAUGGAGGAAGCCCUGUUUUGUCAGUCCGGCACAAAGGGGUCAUCAAUGGAGGUAGCAGGUAGCUGGGAGGCGUACUGGGAGUGCAACGAUCCUCUAAGAGACAUUGAUGAAGUGGCCAUCCCUGUACUGUGCGUGUGCAGCCAAGACGACCCCAUCCGAGGGGAAGCCCGGGCCACGCUGCCUUUGGAGCUUUUUGAGAGCAACCCCCAUUUCUUUCUGCUGUUGACCGGGCACGGAGGCCACUGCGGCUUCUCCACGCCAGACGAAGGUGCGUAUAUCUGGAGCCACCAAGCUUUGCUGGAGUUUUUUCGGGCCACCACCGAUUUUUUCGCCGCAGAGGAGCGUGCCAAGUUGGCGGCCAGGCGUAGGGGGCUCAGCGGGGCUGGCAAGACUUUCCGCCAUCGCAGCGUGAGCACGUGCAGGAGACUGCCAGUUUGCUCGCAUAACAUUCACGCCAUUUACAAUUGGCAGAGGUCCUAUACCAGAUGAUGAUGUGGGUCCCAUCAUUUCCUCACAUUUUUUGGGGACAUGGAGAGACUGCCUGCUUUUGGGAUCCAGACACUGUCAGAAUUUGCACAUUGUAUCGCUGCUGUUCCAAAUGUAGCUAUGAACACCAGCUAAAUAUUUAAUGCUGUUGUCGGAAAUGUCAGAGAUCUCAGCACUAAAUAGCAUAAGCGUAAACUGGCCUUGGUCUGUUUCAAAGUGAUUGGUCGAAAUGUUAAUUCUGUACCUCUUGAAUGUUUUAUUACUUCAUUUUAGAGAAGCAUUAUGUAAAGCAGCUCUGCGUCUCCAUUUCGGCAUCUCCCUCAGAUGUACUUUAAUAGGUUUGCAGAACUGUUUGCAUAGUAUAUUCUGUGCAUACAAUAAUAAAAAGUGACAUUCUGUAAUUUUCUCGAUGUAAUAUUAUUCUUCUAUGAGAGAGUUUAUUUUGAAUGGUCUCUGUUGUAUUUAAGAGGGAGUCUGUGAAAUAGCAGUGCUGGGGUUUUUGUAUGGCGUCAUUCUGAGGUUUCGGGGAAGCUUGUCUCCAUUGGCAUGGGUGGAGCUUUCUCUGCUGUUUUUCACAUUUAACACUCUUGUUUUUCUAAAUCUCUUUUUCUUUUCUACCCUUUUCUCUAUCUCAAAUUUGUAAUGUCUUUCUGGUAUCAAACCACAUGUUUGUAUGUUAAAUUAUCUGUAAACACAGGAGCUUUAAUUAAAGGGUUUCACCUUAGCAUA